AUGGCAUCCAGGACUGCACAUAGCUCCGCGCCGGAGAAGUGGGAUGAUGGGACGACUGACUACGUCCCUACCCGUUCCAAGAAGAGAGUCGACCCCAAGAAACCUCACAUCAGCACACAGCCCAUCACUUGGAGAAACUGGUAUCAGCAUGUGAACUGGCUGAACGCCCUGUUAGUUCUCAUCGUCCCCAUGAUCGCACUGGUUUACUCCUACCGGGUACCUCUUCAAUGGCAGACAGCUGUGUUUGCUGUGGUCUACUACUUUGCGACGGGUCUUGGCAUCACUGCAGGCUACCAUCGUCUCUGGUCCCACUCCUCUUUCAAAGCUAGCCUGCCUCUCAAGAUCUACCUCGCCGCGAUGGGCGCCGGUGCUGUUGAGGGCUCUAUACGCUGGUGGUCUCGUCAACACCGAGCCCAUCACCGCUACACCGACACUGUCAAAGAUCCUUACUCUGUCCAGAAAGGCCUCCUCUACAGCCAUCUUGGCUGGAUGGUCAUGAAGCAAGACCCCAAGCGUGCUGGUCGUACCGAUAUCAGCGACUUGAACGAGGACUCUGUUGUCAUGUGGCAGCAUAACCAUUACCUGAAGUGCCUCGUCUUUAUGGCUGUUCUCUUUCCGACACUAGUUUGUGGUGUCGGCUGGGGAGAUUGGACAGGUGGCUUCAUUUACGGCGGUGUACUGCGAUACUUCUUCGUCCAGCAGGCCACUUUCUCGAUCAACUCGGUUGCUCAUUGGCUCGGCGACCAGCCCUUUGACGACCACAACUCGCCCCGCGAUCACGCCCUGACUGCUCUCAUCACCCUUGGCGAAGGUUAUCACAACUUCCACCACGAAUUUCCUUCCGACUACCGGAACGCCAUCCAAUGGUACCAGUACGACCCAAGCAAAUGGAUCAUCUGGUUAUGGAAACAAGUUGGUCUCGCUUCUGACUUGAAAGAGUUCCGCUCCAACGAGAUCGAGAUUGGCCGCGUCCAACAAAUACAGAAGAAGCUCGAUCAGAGACGAUCUAAGCUCGACUGGGGUAUACCUCUGGACCAGCUCCCCGUUAUGGAAUGGGAAGAUUUUGUCAACUCAGCACACAAUAAAGGCAAAGCUCUUGUCUCCAUCGCUGGUGUCAUUCAUGAUUUUACCAGCUUCGUCAUGGAUCACCCUGGCGGCAAGGCGCUGAUUAGUUCAGCCGUCGGGAAAGACGCCACUGCUAUCUUCAACGGCGGCAUCUACAACCACUAG